AUGCUCUUCAAUUCGGUGCUCCGGCAGCCCCAGGUUGGCCUCCCGAGAAAUGGGUGGUCUUCACAGUACCCUCUCCAGUCCCUUCUAACUGGUUAUCAAUGCAACUCUAAUGAUGAGCACACUUCUUAUGGAGAAUCAGGAGUCCCAGUUCCUCCUUUUGGAUGCACUUUCUCUUCUGUUCCAGAUAUGAAGCACAUACUAGCAGUUGCCAAUGAAGAAGGCUUCGUUAGAUUAUAUAACACAGAAUCACAAACAUAUAGAAAAACGUGUGUUAAAGAAUGGAUGGCUCACUGGAAUGCUGUCUUUGACCUGGCCUGGGUCCCAGGUGAAUUUAAACUUGUUACAGCAGCUGGUGAUCAAUUGGCCAAAUUUUGGGAUGUAAAAGCUGGUGAGCUGCUUGGAACAUGCAAAGGUCAUCAGUGCAGUCUCAAGUCAGUUGCCUUUUCUAAGUAUGAGAAAGCUGUUUUCUGUACAGGUGGAAGAGAUGGCAACAUUAUGGUCUGGGACACCAGAUGUAACAAAAAAGAUGGAUUUUAUAGGCAAGUGAAUCAAAUCAGUGGUGCUCACAAUACCUUAGACAAGCAAACCCCUUCCAAACCUAAGAAGAAACAGAAUUCAAAAGGACUUGCUCCUUCUGUGGAUUCCCAGCAGAGUGUUACUGUUGUCCUCUUUCAAGAUGAGAAUACAUUAGUCUCAGCAGGAGCUGUGGAUGGGAUAAUUAAAAUAUGGGAUUUGCGUAAGAAUUACACUGCUUAUCGACAAGAACCUAUAGCAUCGAAGUAUUUCCUGUACCCAGGUAGCAGCACUCGAAAAUUAGGAUACUCAAGUCUGGUUUUGGAUUCCACUGGCUCUACUUUAUUUGCUAACUGCACAGAUGACAACAUCUACAUGUUUAAUAUGACUGGAUUAAAGACUUCUCCUGUGGCUGUCUUCAAUGGACAUCAGAACUCUACUUUUUAUAUUAAAUCCAGUCUUAGUCCAGAUGACCAGUUUUUAAUCAGUGGCUCGAGUGAUGAAGCUGCCUAUAUCUGGAAGGUGUCCACACCCUGGCAUCCUCCAACUGUGCUCCUGGGUCAUUCUCAGGAGGUCACAUCUGUGUGCUGGUGUCCAUCAGAUUUCACAAAGAUUGCUACCUGCUCUGAUGACAAUACAUUGAAAAUCUGGCGCUUGAAUAGAGGUUUAGAGGAGAAAUCAGGUGAUAAACUCUCCACAGUGGGUUGGGCCUCUCAGAAGAAAAAAGAGCCUAGAGCUGAUCCAGUACCAGUGACAAGUAACCAGAGUACUCCUGCCAAAACCCCCAGAGUAAAGAGCAGUCCAUCUAGUUCCUCCCCUUCCUCAGCAUCUUGUGCUCCAAGCUACGCUGGAGACCUCCCUCUUCCUUCAAAUACUCCCACAUUUUCUUUUAAAAACUCUCCUGGCAAGACCCGGUCUCCAAUUAGCAGAAGAGGCUCCGUCUCCUCGAUCUCUCCCAAGCCGCCUUCAUCUUUCAAGAUGUCCAUUAGAAAUUGGGUGACCCAAACACCUUCCUCAUCACCCCCCCUCACUCCACCUGCUUCUGAGACAAAGAUCACAUCUCCAAGAAAAGCCCUCAUUCCUGUGAGCCUGAAAUCAUCCCAAGCAGUGGCUUGCUCUGAGUCUAGAAAUAGGGUAAAGAGGAGGCUAGACUCAAGUUGUCUGGAGAAUGUGAAACAAAAGUGUGUGAAGAGUUGCAGCUGUGUGACUGAGCUUGAUGACCCAGUUGAAAAGCUCCAUUUGGAUCUGUGCUGCCUUACUGGUAACCAGGAAGACCUUGGUAAAGACUCGCUAGGCCCUACCAAAUCAAGCAAGAUUGAAGGAGCCAGUAUGAGUGUCUCAGAGCCUCCUUCUCCUGCCAGUCCUUAUGCUUCAGAAGGCUGUGGGACACUGCCUCUUCCUUUGGGAUCUUGUGGAGAAGGGUCUGAAUUGGUGGGCAAAGAGAAUAGCUCCCCAGAGAAUAAAAACUGGUUAUUGGCCAUGGCAGCCAAACGGAAGGCUGAAAAUUCGUCACCAAGAAGUCCAUCAUCCCAGACUUCCAAUUCCCGGAGACAGAGCGGAAAGACUUCUCCAGGCCCGGUCACUAUUACUCCCAACUCCAUGAGGAAAAUUUGUACAUACUUCCAUAGAAAGUCCCAAGAUGACUACUGUAGUCCUGAACGGUCAACAGAAUUAUAG